AUGCCGGCGCCCGAGAGCCCGAUCCUGCCGCCGGCGCACUUCCGCGUGAUCAUCGUGGGCGGCGGGCCCGCGGGCCUGGGCAUGGCGCACGCGCUGGCGCUGGCGGGCAUCGACUACGUGCUGCUGGAGCGCCGCAGGGAGGUGGUGCACCCGGACGGGGCGUCGAUCGCGCUGUGGCCGCAUGGCGUAAGGAUCAUGGACCAGUUCGGGCUGCUGGAGCAGGCGCGGCGGCUGUACAUGCCCAUCAAGUCCAAGUACAACCUGCGCCCGGACGGCUCGCUGAGGGAGAAGAAUGAUAUGUUUCAGGCGAUUGAGACGAACCAUGGACACCCCUGGAUGCUGUUCCGCCGGACGGAGUUGCUCGAACUACUUUAUAACAGCAUCCCCGACAAGGAGAAUCAUGUGUUCCCAGAGACUGAUGUCACUAGAAUCGACAUGGACACCAAUGGCGUUCGGGUCUACUGCAAAGACGGGGCUUCGUACGCUGGCUCGAUCGUGGUCGGCUGCGACGGCGUCCACAGUUCCGUACGGAGAAUCAUGCGAGAGAUGAUGCUCAAGUCCAACAAGCGUGUGGAUGAUGAUGAGAUGCCCAUGAAGACCUACUACAAUGGACUAAUUGGCUACUUGCCGAAGAUCCCAGGGUUAGAAUCGGGGUCAGUCUAUGAGGUCCGCGGUGCACGCCAAUCUUUCCACGUCCUUGCGGGUAUUGACGACGCAUAUUUCUUCGUAUACAAUUGCCUCGACCAUCCUUGCGAUGAUGGGAAUCGAUACACAGACGUCGACGCUGAGGCACUGGCGCACAAGGUACUAAAUCAACCGAUUACCAAGGAUAUCAAGUUCAGAAACCUGUGGGAGGCAAAGACAUGGGCGAAGAUGAUUGACUACCAGGAAGGUUUUCUCAAGAAAUGGUACUACGGGCGGAUCGUUCUGGUUGGAGACUCCGUACACAAGACUACGCCCAACGCUGGCCUCAGCUUAAACACCGGAUGGCAGGGCAUGGUGGAGCUGACCAAUCGUCUUCAUGCAUUACUGCAGAAGCAUCCCAAUCCGGAUCUCAAGCGCCUCACCGGGGUGUUCAAGAACUAUCAGCGAAGGCGAGUAAAGGUUGCGAAGGAGGUGAUGCAGUUCUCUGGCAUGUACACGCGUGUAGUGGCGUGGCAGAAUCCGUUGUACAAGUUCGCCGAUCUGGUCGCUCCCAAACUCGGAGGUGAUAUCGUGCUUUUGGACAACUUGGCCUCUCCGAUCGUGAGGAAGGGAAUUGUGUUGGAUUUCGUGGAGGAGACUGGUCACAAAGAGGGAAAGGUUCCGUGGAGGAAUGGGGCUCCGCUGCAAAAGAAGGUGGUACAAUGA